CGAUAGGUGGAAAAUCCACGGAGAGUCUGUCAUCCCAUGUGUGAGACUCGACAUUCCCCUUUUCGAACCUAAAACCGCCGCGAAUCGGACCGCCGGUCGGAGAGCACGGCCGCGCAUCGGACCGCCAUUAGAGAGCACCGUCGCGAAUCGGACCGCAGUUGGAGAGCUCCUGCCCAUUUCGACUACCGGGAAUAUCUUUUCUACUUUCCUGGAUGCUGACAAACGUCUUUGGCGCACUGGAAGUCUGAUAUAUGGAAGGAUGUGAAAAGCUGGAGGAGAAGAAUAUAAGACUAACUGAGAUGGAGGCAGUUUGUCUCAACAGUGAGCAGGUGUUUGACGGAGGCAAUGAAUGUGAGGAUGAAGGAGACUGCUCCAUCAUGGACCAGGACGAUGAAAUCAGUGAAACACACUCACAAAAGGAACGACCACCACCUACCGUAGGUUUGGAGUUUGAAUCUUUUGAUGAAGCUUAUGAUUUUUACAAUGUAUUUGCCAAGGAACAAGGUUUUGGCAUCAGAGUAAGCAAUUCAUGGUUCAGAUCAAAACGAAAAGAAAGGUAUAGGGCAAAACUUAGUUGCAGUAGUGCAGGUUUCAAGAAAAAGAGCGAAGCCAAUAACCCUAGACCGGAAACAAGGACCGGCUGUCCAGCAAUGAUUGUCAUUAAGCUUGUUGAUUCCAAAAGGUGGAGAAUUGUUGAAGUUGAGAUUCAGCACAAUCACCCUGUGAGCCCAGAUGUUAAACGGUUUUACAAGUCUCACAAAAAGAUGAUCCUUGCAGCCAAAAAGGCGCAACAGUUGGAGCCCGUUAUGGAAGUACAUACAAUAAAGUUGUACCGAACUGCAGCUGUGGAUGUUGUAGAUAAUGGGUACUCCGAUGUUGAUGAAAGAGAAGCUAGAAGGAAUCAUGUUAACUCUAAGCAUUUGGAACUUAAAGAAGGGGAUGCGCAUGCAGUCUAUAACUACUUCUGUCGCAUGAAGUUAACAAAUCCAAACUUCUUUUAUCUAAUGGAUCUUGACAAUGUAGGGCGAUUGAGGAAUGUGUUUUGGGCAGAUGCAAGAUCUAGGGCGGCUUAUAGCUACUUUUAUGACACCAUCAGAAUUGACACAACGUGUUUGGCAAGUAAAUUCGAAAUCCCUCUUAUCUCCUUUGUGGGAGUAAAUCAUCAUGGGCAAUCCAUAUUGUUGGGAUGUGGCUUCCUUGGGCAUGAUUCAGUGGAGUACUUCAUUUGGGUUUUUAGGGCAUUGCUUAGCUGUAUGUUAGGACGACCUCCACAGGUUAUCAUUACCGAUCAGUCCAAAGCCUUGCAAACUGCUGUAUCAGUGGUUUUUCCAGGAGCUCGCCAUUGUUAUUGUUUAUGGUACAUUAUGCAACGGGUUCCAGAGAAGUUGGGAGGACUUAAUGGAUUUGAAGCGAUCAAAACACAGUUAAAUAAAGCAGUUUAUGACUCCUUGAAGAUAUCCGAGUUCGAAACUUUUUGGGGUGAUAUGAUUGGGAGGCAUGGGCUUGGCGAUAAUAAAUGGCUUCAAGCACUUUAUGAAGAUCGACAAAAAUGGGUCCCGGUUUACUUAAAAGACAUUUCUCUUGCAGGAAUGAUACCCAUUGAGGAAAACAAGGGCUUGACUGCAUUUUUCGAUGGAUAUGUCCAUAAACACACGUCGUUUAAGGAAUUUGUGGAUAAAUACGAUUUAGUUCUCCAAAGAAAAUACCAUAAAGAAGCCACAGGGGAUUUGGAAUCGAGAAACUCAAAUUUUGAAUUGAAAUCAAGAUGCAAGUUUGAGCUUCAGCUUUCCCAGGUGUAUACUAAAGAAAUUUUCAAGAAGUUUCUAUCUGAAGUGGAGGGAAUGUACUCCUGCUUCAACACAAGGCAGGUGAAUGUCAAUGGGCCAAUCAUAACAUAUGUUGUCAAGGAACGAGUUGAAGUUGAGGGGAGAGACAAGGAGGUGAGGAAUUACGAAGUUUUAUAUGAGACAACUCAAGUGGACAUCCGUUGUAUCUGCAGUCUGUUUAACUUUAAGGGUUAUCUAUGCAGACACGCGUUGAAUGUCCUCACCUAUAAUGGUGUGGAAGAAAUUCCUUCGCAGUACAUUCUACCGCGAUGGUGUAAGGAUUUUAAGCGGAGAUAUCCUCUUGAUUAUGACACCGUUGAUGAUAUUGAUGCGAACGAUCCACUGCAGUGGUCUAAUCAUUUGUAUAAACGUGUUAUUCAAGUUGUGGAACAAGGGGCACAAUCUCAGCAACAUUAUAAGGCUGCUUUGCAAGGGUUGGAGGAGUUGUUGCACAAGUUUAGUAUUGUAGAGGCUGACAGCUUAUUUUGAUGGUUACAUUCUAUAUCGCUCUCUCGCAUGUAUAUAGUGGUGGGAAAUGGUAGACAUGUGUGCCCUGAUCCCUUCAGAUUUGUUGUGCUAGCUGCGGAACAUGGAAACUAAAGGUAAAGAGACCUACUAUGUAUUCUCUCACAACACUUCGAAGCAAAUGAAAAUCGUGCAACCUGGAUUGUCCGAUACUCCUAUUUUUAAUUUUGGGCAAAAGGGAAAUGUGUUUUGUUUGUUGUGAACUUGUGGUUGUCUUCUGCUAAUUGCUUCAAACUUGUUUUUGAGUCAA